AUGGCGAAGAAAUCGUUGCGGUCUGGAAGCACCCACGGCAUGGGGCAACGACUGGCGGUGUCCCUGUUCUGCGGCUUGUUUAUUCUCAAGGUUGUUGCCGCCGUAGAUGACUUUGAUGGCUCCUCCUACGCCAGGAACGUGUCGCUGGACACCAACGUGGACAUCUUUUGGACCGUCGAUCUCGAGGCCGAAGCCAUUCGUGUGGCCGUGCACGCCAAAGCUGCCACCGGCUGGGCGGGCGUGGGCAUCUCUGAGAUGGGGGGAAUGGAGGGCGCCGACAUUGUGUUUUACGAGACAGCUAGCCUGGUCCGGUGAGAACCCGGCGUGCUCCGUCCCGGCUUUGUAGGGAUGCGAGGUCAAUGGU